AUGGCAGCCAUCAUGCUGACGUCGAUGUUAAAUCUCCGUAGCUGUCUCGUCUUUGUCUGUCUGUCUCUGUCCAUAUUGGUUGCUGGAAGAACACUAGCUCUUUCCAUUCCCGGCACUUCAGAAGCGUCCAGCCCAAAGCCGCCAAUAUGGCCGGAUCAGUUCACGUCAAAGUUCACAGUCCGCAUAGAAGAGUAUGGAGACAAGUUCAGUAAACCUGGCGUCAUCUAUUACGACUGGAACAUUAAGACUCUACGCAGUGAUUUCAUACACUGGUGUCUGCCUCUCUUUGACAAGCCCGAACAAUACAACAACUACACUUGUUCUUUCCUCAUAACGGGCGGGAAUACCUACUUUGUGAACCACACCUCGAGCACCUGGGAGGACCACGACUGUUGUCUGUUCGAAAAAGGGUUAGGACCCGUAACUCCGGACUGGGUCAAAAGCUGCCAGUACAACGGGACGGCCAUGCUCCGGGGGCAGAAAGUUGACGUGUGGUGGGUUCCUGGCACACUGGACCCAGAAAAGCCCUGUUUCGGGUACUGGGACAGAGUGGAUGAUCACACACCCGUACGGUUCUACGGCAUAGUCGCCAUUGGCCCUGCAAUGCUAGACUAUGACUCGUUCCAAGUCGGCCCACCAAGCGCUGAGAUGACCAAACCAGUGGGAGGAUGCAGUAAAGAGUGCCAUCCUACGGGCCAACGAUCGAGGCUAUUUGACAUGCCCUGGCCAUCGUGUCCGUGAUAGUUUUAGCACGCUUCAUUCUGAUAUACCACAAAGGUUUUCGCAAUUUUACUGUUCCCGGUCGUCAGCAGAAGAGUUAGGAAUAAUCUUAAUCUUUCUUCAUCGGUGUAGCUGGUAUAACCCCCCUUCGGCUUAACACACCAGCUUCGCAGGCGCGCGGCGCGGUGGCACCUGGAUAAAUUAACGACUUGUUAUACCUAAACCUUA